UGUCUGCCUUUCGCUAUAUAAAGCAGCAGUCGUAGACUAGCAGACACUCACUCGCUGCGAGAAGACCAUGAGAGCGGCAGCGAUCUCCAUGCCAAGGUUGGACAAAAUGCCAGGAAUGCUCUUCUCUGCUAGCCCAAAGGAUUCACAAGAACACAGCCAUUCUCUUCUAGAUGACAAAAAGCAGAAAAAGAGGCCAAAGACUUUUGGAAUGGACGUGAAAACAUACCUGAGAUCUAUGAUCCCACAUCUGGAAUCUGGGAUGAAAUCGGCCAAGUCCAAAGACAUACUUUCUGCUGAAGAAGUAAUGCAGUGGUCUCAGUCGCUGGAAAAACUCCUUGCCAACCAGACAGGUCAAAAUGUCUUUGGAAAAUUUCUAAAGUCUGAAUUCAGUGAAGAAAAUAUUGAAUUCUGGUUGGCUUGUGAGGACUAUAAGAAAACAGAGACUGAUCUUUUGUAUAACAAAGCAGAGAAUAUAUAUAAAGCAUUUGUGCAUUCAGAUGCUGCGAAACAAAUAAAUAUUGACUUUCAUACUCGAGAAUCAACAGCCAAGAAGAUUAAAACACCAACUCCCACAUCUUUUGAUGAAGCACAAAAAGUCAUAUAUACACUCAUGGAAAAGGAUUCUUAUCCCAGAUUCCUGAAAUCAAAUAUUUACUUAAACCUUCUAAAUGACCUUCAGGCGAAUACCUUAAAGUGAGUGGUUCCUGGCUGACAGGAAUUAAAAGAUGGUAUCAAGGACAGAAGGAAUGUGCCAAUGAGACUGCCUUCGGAAUCAACCUGGCCUACUUGGGUGACUCAGCAGGCCCAGUGGAAGUGCAGAUGACUCAGAACGGAUUGACACAAGGUAUCCAGGUAGAGACUUGAGGAAGCAUGAACAAGAAGAACAUGGCAAGGCCAAUGGAAGGAGAUACUGUCAAGAAAUACAGUGGGACUCUAUUCAAACAACCCUCCAAAGUGGGAAGGUCAGCUGACUCUGGCAACACAGAAACUGUGAAUAAUUUGUAUGAGACUGAUUACUAUGUGCUAUAAGCUUCAAGGACAGCAGAUAUGUUAGCUGCAUGCUGUUGUGUAGAAUGUGUUGAACUCUUACAAUUUCCUUCCCAUGGAUAAUCAGUACAAAAGUAUAUAUUGCAAAUACCACUUGCUGUUAUUGACAUGAAGAGUUUUUUAUUUUUUUAUUUAAUUGUAUUUGGCUUGGAGUUGAGGAAGACAUUUAUAUAUUUAACCUAUUUUUUAAUCUAAGAAGCCAUAACACAUUUGUAAAUUAAAUUAUCACUGUAUCAAUGAUAAAUGUGGACAUUAUAUUAAAAUAU